UCAUUUCCAACCUUAAACUACAACUUCAAUGCUAUCUCUCUCACACUCAAAAUUAAGAUCGAUGGGAUAUAGUAUUACUGUAGCUGUGUUUGUAUAUGGAUUUCUGGCUCUGAUUUGCUUUAAUGGUUUUGAAUCUAAUGCUGAACCUCUGCCUCCAGAAGAAGUGCAAAUUCUUAAAAUAAUAUCCAGAAAGCUACCGCCGCUGAGCGAUAUUUGGAACAUCACUCCAAAUUCUUGUAUGAAUAGGAAUUCUUCUGGCUUCGAUAUGACAAAUUCGACAGAACCUUUUGACAUUCUAAGCAUUGUCACAUGUAGUGAAGGCUGUUCUGCACAAAAUGGUACUUUUUGCCAUGUCAAAGAAAUCCAGUUGAAGGGUCUCAAUCUAGUGGGAGUUUUACCAGAAGAAUUUGGAAAUCUUACUCAUCUUGAAGUAAUUGAUCUCACUCGCAACUACAUCAGUGGAUCAAUCCCACAAAGCUUUUUUCGUCUUCCCCUGCGUAAUCUAUCUGUUUCGGGAAACCGACUCAGUGGUUCCAUUCCUCCGGAGAUCGGUAACAUUAGUACGCUCACGGAACUGGUAUUAGAGGCUAAUCUCUUUGAUGGCCAUCUUCCUCCAGAGAUUGGGAGAUUGCGUAACUUGCGAAGACUCUUGCUGAGUGCAAACAAUUUUACUGGACCAAUACCAGAAACGUUUGGAAAGUUGUUGAACUUAACCGAUUUUAGGAUAGAUGGGACCAGAAUAUCAGAGAGCAUACCUGCACUUAUUGGGAACUGGAUCUAUCUUGAUAGAUUGGAUAUGCAGGGCACAUCCAUGGAGGGUCCUCUUCCUUCCAGCAUAUCAAAUUUGAAAAACUUGACUGAAUUGAGAAUAUCUGAUUUGGUGGGACCAAGUACAACUUUCCCUGAUUUGAGAGAUUUGAAGCAUUUGGAAGUAUUGGCAUUGAGGAAUUGCUUAAUUAAUGAUAAAAUUCCAGAUUACAUUAAACAGCUGACAGCAUUGAAGACAUUGGACUUGAGUUUCAACAACUUGACUGGUGUAAUUCCAAAGGGAAUGGGGACUAGUCAACCCGACCUAAAUUUCGUGUUUUUGACCAACAACUCGCUCACUGGAGUGGUAUCAGAGUCGAUAAUAAACCCCAAGGCCAAUUUUGAUUUAUCGUACAACAAUUUCACGAAACCAGCUGACCAGCUUGAUUGUUCAGAUUUGGGAAAAAUGAAUCUAGUUUCAAGUUACAGAGAUUCUGAGACCAAUUCAUGGUGCUUGAAGAAGGAUCUUCCCUGCUCAGGAAAACCAAAACAUGAUUCAUUGUAUAUCAAUUGCGGAGGGGAGAACAUGCCAGUUGAUGGGAAUGAAUAUCUAGGGGACCAAAUCCAAGGGGGUGAGACUAAAUUCUUUUCACAAUCAGAGAAAUGGGCCUAUAGUAGCACUGGGGUUUUCAUGGGUGAAGCGAGUUUACCAUACACCACACGGUUGACUUUAUCAAAUGAUUCUUUAAAAUUAUAUGAAACGGCACGCCUUGCUCCUCAAUCACUCAAGUACUACGGCCUCUGUUUGCUAAGAGGCAGUUACAAAGUGCAGCUUCACUUUGCUGAGAUUAUGUUUUUUGAUAACCAGACAUUUCAAAGCCUUGGCAGGCGCAUAUUCCAUAUCACAAUUCAGAGACUCUGAUGGUAGGUCUCACUCUAUAAAUAUAGAGUACCGGUCCCCAAGCUCGCUACUCAUUCUGACUUUCAGUAACUCCAUCUAAAAGAGUUAGUGAGAGCUUGGAAGCCCGUGUACUCGUUCUAAUUUCUGUUCU